CGUGCGAGUGAAGGUUGAAUGAGGGACCCCCCGAGAAGAUGGCCUCCCCUGGGGCAUUAUGGGAAUCUCCGGGGUCCCAGCUGGACCAGCCGCAGCUCCGUCCUGAGUGGCUAUCCCAGGAGGAGGAGGGAAAGGGUGAACCAGCAGGACCCCACUGUGAGCGGCUCUGUAUCCCCAAAGAGAAGCCCCAGCCUCUCCAGGAAACAGGACACCAACCUGAGCUGCUUUGUGACAUAAAAGAGGAGCCCCUUGAAACGGCUGUUGACAGGACGCUGAACAAGGAAGGUGCCAACACUGUAGGGAUGUUCCAUUCUGCCCCCUCUGCCCACAGCCCCCUGUGCCCAUUCCCCCUCUGGGAGAACCUGGCAGACUCCACUGGCUGUGGGGACGAGGUACUGAGGGAUCCCACUGCUAACCCCCAGCAGGACAAGAAGCCCGUCCGGUGCAACAAAGAAGAGGAGUUUGGGGCUCCCUCUCCUGCCCCUCAGCUGGAUGUGCUUGGAGAUCUCACCUCUGCCUCCCAGCCAGCAGAGAAGCCAUUCCGGUGCAGCGAGUGCGACAAGACCUUUGGGCAGAGCUCCCACCUGCUGCAGCACCAGAUCACCCACACCGGCGACCGCCCCUACCAGUGCCCUGACUGCGGCAAGCGCUUCAGCUGGAGCUCAGCCCUGUGCCAGCACCAGCGCAUUCACCGUGGGGAACGCCCCUACCAGUGCGCUGACUGCGGCAAGCGCUUCGCCCAGAGCUCCAACCUGACCACGCACCGGCGCACCCACACGGGCGAGAAGCCCUACCGCUGCCCACAGUGCGGCCGUGGUUUCAGCCAGAAUGCCAACCUGCUGACCCACCAGCGGGUGCACGCAGGGGUCAAGCGCCACGAGUGCCCCCAGUGCGGACGGGUCUUCGUGGAGCGCUCGUCCCUGCUGAAGCACCAAGGCGUGCACUUGGCGGAGAAGCCAUACCAGUGCCCCGAGUGCGGGCGCAGCUUCACACAGGGCUCCACGCUGGCCCAGCACCUCCGCAUCCACACCGGUGAGAAACCAUACCAGUGCGGUGAGUGUGGGAAGUGCUUUGGGCAGAGCUCGGCCCUGGCCCAGCACCGCCGGGCCCACACAGGCGAGAGAUCCUACCACUGCCACCAAUGCGGCAAGGCCUUCAGUCAGAGCUCCAACCUCAUCACUCACCAGGCCUCACACACCGGUGAGCGGCCCUACAAGUGCCCGGACUGCGGGCGCGCCUUUGGGCGCAGCGCCCAUCUGGUUACCCACCAGCGCACUCACACUGGGGAGCGACCCUACCGCUGCCACCAAUGCGGCAAGGGCUUCAGCCAGAGCUCCACCUACAUCCAGCACCAGACCACCCACACCGGUGAGCGCCCGUACAAGUGCCCGCAGUGUGGCAAGGCCUUUAGCCAGAACUCCAACCUGCUCACCCACCAGCGCAUCCACACCGGUGAAAAACCCUACCGCUGCCACCAGUGCGGCAAGAGCUUCCGGCAGAGCUCAGGCUAUCUGCAGCACCAAAGGACCCACACAGCCUUCCAGCCCUCCACCACACCCACCCGGAUCACCUCCUGGCAGUCGCCCAGCGUGGCCAGCAGCUGGGAUGCCCGCUCCAUCUCCUCCUCUGACAGCCGCACCCUGGCAUUGGGGAUGAACUCCAGGGCAGCGGAGAGCGACUGUAGCCCCAGCGAGUCCAGCUUCUCCCGCACCUGCCAAGCAACAAACACAGCCCGAGCCGUCUCUUACUGUGACACACACGCUGCACAGCCUGGCCGGGGCCCUCUUGUUCCCACUAGUCCCCGCUCCCCUCCCAGAGCCGGGAGAGAACCCAGGAGUCCGGGCUCCCAGCCCCCCACGGCACAGCGGGGACCAGGCUGCCCCGUUACGGGCCCCGGCCGUCCAGGCAGCAGGUGCUACAAGCGCCCCACGGCCCGACUCGGGACCCAGGCGUCCGGGGGGCUGGGCCGGAAGGUCCCUGCGCUGGGGCCUCCCCCGGCUGCUGGAGCCGGCGGCGCAGGCGCGGGGCGGAGCGGGGCCAGCCCGGCCCCUGGGUCCCAGCCCGGCCCGUGCGCAGGCGGGUCCCGGCUGCAGCCCCAGCGCGGGGAGCGGGCGAGAGGCGGCCCCGGGGAGGCAGCAGCCGCGGGGCGGGAAGUCGCUGCCGGGCGGAGGAAGCGGCCGGGGCCGGAGCCGAGCCCGGCGAUGGCUGCAGCGGGGCCGGCGCAGCAGCUCCAGGUGGCGUUUGAGGACGUCGCUCUGUAUUUCACCCGGGAGGAGUGGGAGCUCCUAUCCCAGCGAGAGAAGCAUCUGUACCGGGACCAGAUGCUGAGGAAUUAUUGGGCCCUUGUUUCCCUGGGCUAUUCAGAUUCCAAACCGGACUUAAUCCACCGGAUCGAGGUAGGGGAGGCAGAGCUCUGGAUCCAGGAUGCCGAGGACUCCAGGGAACGCUCCGGGCCUGAGAGCCCCUCCUCAGCAGGGCACGGGAUCACAGGAGGAAAGAGGGCACAGGCUGAAUGUGGGGAAAGCGUGGCAGGAAAGCAGGAUCCCACGGCUCACAGAGGGAGCCAUGCACAGGACGCAGUCCAUCCCCAGGGUAAACUCAGCCAGAGACCAGAUGUGGCUACACACCAGAGACUCCCCAUGGGCCGGGGUCCUCAUCACUGCAUUGACUGUGGCAAGAGGUUCAGCAACCCCUCCGCACUGACCCAGCACCAGCGCACACAUGCCGGGGAGCAGCCGUACCGUUGCUCUGACUGCAACAAGGGCUUUGCAGAGAGCUCAAAGCUGAGAAUACAUCAGCGCACGCACACAGGGGAGCGGCCGUACCGUUGCUCUGACUGCGACAAGGGUUUUGCACAGAUUGCAUACCUGAGAAUACACCAGCGCAUGCACACCGGAGAGCGGCCGCGCUGCUGCCCCAACUGUGGCAAGAGAUUUGCACACAGCUCAAGCCUGAGAACACACCAGCGCACGCACACAAGGGAGCGUCCGUACCACUGCACUGACUGCGGCAAGGACUUUGCAGAGAUUGCACACCUGAGAAUACACCAGCGCACGCACAACGGGGAGCGGCCGUACAGCUGUGCUGACUGCGACAAGAGCUUUGCACAAAUCGCACACCUGAGAAGACAUCAACGCACACACACUGGAGAGCUGCCACACCACUGUGCUGACUGCGGCAAGGAUUUUGCACAGAUUGCAUAUCUGAGAAUACACCAGCGCACCCACACUGGGGAGCGGCCAUAUCGCUGUGCCGACUGCGACAAGGGCUUUGCACAGAUCGCACACCUGAGAAUACAUCAACGCACGCACAGUGGGGAGCGGCCAUACUGCUGCAUCAGCUGUGGGAAGAGCUUUGCAGAGAACUCAAAGCUGAGAAUACAUCAGCGCACGCAUACUGGGGAGCGGCCGUACUCCUGCACCAACUGCGGCAAGAGCUUUGCAGAGAGCUCAAGCCUGAGAAUACACCAGCGCACACACACCGGGGAGCGGCCGUACCACUGUGCUGACUGUGGAAAGGACUUUUCACAGAUUGGACACCUGAGAAAACACCAGCGCAUGCACACCACGGCCGGCCAUUCCAAUGCACUGACCGCGGCAAGAGCUUGCACAGAGCUCACAUCUGAGAAUACACCAGCGCGUUCACAGCAGGGAGCGGCCGUACAGCUGUGCUGAUUGGCAAACGCUUUGCUCAAUUGGGCGACCUCACCUGGCACCAGUUGACUCACCAACACCCCUCUGCCACCGCUAGGGCUUGAUGGGCUUCUGGCAGCCAGUGGGGAGACCAGGGAGUGGUCCUGUCCCCAUGAUGCCCAGCAGAGACUGUGUGGGGCAGGGAAGGGGACUUGGCCGAGCAGUGUGGGGAAGAGCAGACAGGUGGGGGGAUUUUAGAGCACAUGGUCACAGCCUACUCCAUUAGGGACCCCCUGCAUCAAGCUGGGAUCCACGCAGGUGUCUGUAUUCCCCUCUGCUCCCCCUCACACACAUCUAGCUGUGAGGCAGCCAGGACAACCCCCCACCCCCAUCUAGAUGGGACCGUGUCAGGAAUUUCCCCCCACUCCUACCUCGGUUUCAGCCAGGGGGGUGACUCUUAGGGGACAUCUGGAGCUGGGAUUUGCAUUCCUGUCUCAGUGUGGAUUGGUCUGAGGGGCCAGGGUAGGACAGCCUGGUGCGUGAGAUUGAAAGACGACUCAGGAACUGCUCAUGCCGUCUACUUUAAAUUCAAAUGUGAUGAAGAAGAACUACGUACCUAAUCUGUAACAAAGGUCUCUAACCAGGUGUUUCUUUGCUAUUAAAGGAGCUGAUGCAUUCGGAUGGCAUAGGGAAAAGCCAAUGUGAAGUGUAAAUCUCUCAGAUAAACCAACCAAAACGUUCUAACGCCUGACUGACCAUGAGGCCUGAUGGACUGUGUGACUGGCAGGUGCACACAGAGACUUUUGCAUUACUCCUUGGGGAAUGCCGUGCUAAAAAUUAAACAUUCUGCAAACCCUAUUUAAAAAUUCUGCAUAUUUUAUUUGUCAAUAUAACACACUAUAAUCAUGCUAGCUUCCAUUAUUUGGGUGAUUUAUUUCAAAAUACCUGUCAGCUACUAUGUCUAAGCUGAAAUCACAACUGAAGGGUGUUUACCAGACAUGUCUGGGGAGUGGAUAAAAGUGUUUCUCAAAAACAAAGACGUUAACACUUCCAGCCAAGGCGUCCUCAAAGCUGAGGGGCCAUCACCUAUCAGGUAGCCAUUCUUUGGAAAGGGAGGCAAUCAGGAACAAACAGACCUGCAUUUAGAAAACAACACCAUGAAAUCUCUUUGCCACCAAAGUUCACAUCUCUCCACUCAGCUGAGAACUUUGUCUAGGGGUCACUUAAAAAAAAAAAAAAAA